UCGUAUAUCAUCUUCUUCCUCGUAGCGAAGAGGAAAAAAAGCAGCAAAAUUGAAAACCCUAAAAAACGAACAAUCGGAAGAUCAAAUGGAUCCAAUUCCGCCAUCGACGACCAAGAGCUGGAGCAUCCAUACCCGCCGUGAAAUUACCUCCAAGUACGAGAUCCAAACCCGAGUUGGAUCCGGCGCCUACUCCGACGUCUACAAAGCUCGCCGUCUCUCCGAUGACCUUCCCGUCGCAUUGAAGGAAGUUCAUGAUUACCAAUCCGCUUUUCGCGAGAUCGAAGCGCUUCAAACUCUGCAACAUUCACCCAACGUCGUCGUAUUGCACGAGUACUUUUGGAGCGAGGACGAAGAUGCCGUGCUUGUUCUCGAGUACCUGCCGACGGAUUUGUCGUCGGUGAUUCGAAUGGCGAAGAAGGAACGGGAAGGAUUGAGCGUCGGCGAGAUCAAGAGGUGGAUUAUUCAGAUUUUAUUGGCGGUGGAUGCUUGUCAUCGGAGUUCAAUUAUUCAUCGUGAUUUGAAACCCUCGAAUUUGUUGAUUUCAGCUGAUGGUGUACUCAAGUUAGCUGAUUUCGGCCAGGCUCGGAUACGCCUAGCACCUGGAUUUGUUUCCAUUAAUGACCACACACAGCCACAGGGCCACGAGUCGUCCGUAUAUCAACAAGUCAAGCCCGAAAAUGUCGGUCAAGAAAGUCGUGUGAAUCUUAUGGAAGGACCUCUCGGGACCAUAGAGGAAUAUGGAACGUCUGAUGAGUUCAAAACCAAAGACACUUUUGAUGAAGUCGACAAGGAAACAAACAUACCUGAUGUAGAUACAUCUUGUCUCGCAACGUGCACAACGAGCGAUGUAGAAGAAGACUUCUUCAAGAGUAACUACUCUUAUGAGGCUAACGAGGCUGGUGGAAAUGACGAAUCUGCCCUUUUAACAUCUUGUGUUGGGACCCGUUGGUUUAGAGCACCCGAGCUUCUUUUUGGAUCAACAAACUAUGGGGCUGAAAUUGAUUUAUGGUCUCUUGGCUGCAUUAUCGCAGAGCUUUUCACUUUGGAACCGGUCUUUCCAGGAUCUUCGGAUAUCGAUCAGCUGAGCAGAAUCUUCACUGUUUUAGGUAACUUAAGUGAGGAAGUGUGGCCUGGUUGUGUACAACUUCCCGAUUUCCGUAUAAUUUCAUUUUCGAAAGUGGAAAACCCGAGUGGUUUAGACUCGUGCCUUCCGAACCGAUCGCAAGAUGAGAUCCUUCUUGCGAAAAAGCUACUUUGUUUUGAUCCAGCCGGUCGAGCCACGGCAAUGGAACUGCUUCAUGACAAGUAUCUAAACGAAGAGCCGUUACCGGUUCCGGUAUCCGAGCUGAGGGUUCCAUCUUCGAACCACGGUGAAGACAACGGUUCAUCUGGGUCCGGCGAAUGGGGUGAUCAUCGAGAAAUGGAUUCAGAUUCCGACUUUGACGAUUUUGGCGGUUUCGAUAUCACGAGAAGAACCGGUGGUGACUUUUCUAUUCAGUUCUCUUAACCCAGGUGACCAUGGGUAUGAACGUAAUUUGUUGUUGUUUUUCAUUUUUUCUGUAAAUUGUCUUCGCGGAAACAACUGCUUUAUUCUUUGAGGUAGCGGACAGGUCUGCGUAUACUGAUUUUGGCUUGGCUUUUUUUUUAAUGUAAAUUAAAGAUAAAAUAUUUACGAGAGGGUGGAAGGACUGAAAUAAAGAAGUUGCGAGUAUCGUUAAGUUCAUUAAGCUGCUAAA